AUGACAAGAUGUUCGUUUGAGUCAUUUUUUCUUCCUUUUUUUAAAUUCUAUAUUUUCUUCCGUUUUACUUUAUUUUCUAUUGUUCGAUUCAUUCAUGUUGUUGUUGUUAUUUUCUUUUCAUUUCAUUUCCACCACCACCAACGCCAUCAUCAUCAUCAUCUUUUUCUUCCUUCAUUUAUUUUAUUUGCUCAUUUCCAAGAUCGCUCUCUCUCUCUCUCUCUCUCUCUCUCUCUCUCUCUCUCAUCUUUUACCUAUACUAUUUCCUUCUUUCCGCCCUGCGAUAUAGAUUUCUUCUUCUUCUUCUUCUUCUUCUUCUUCUUCUUCUUCUUCUUCUUCUUCUUCUUCUAUCUAUCUAUCUAUCUAUCUAUCUAUACUACUUAUCUAUGCGCUAUAGAUUUCCCCAUCUUCUCCUCCUUCUCCCUCUUAAACGUCUUCCUUUUCUUCUUCCUCUUCCCUCUUUCUUUCUCUCCCUCCUCCUUUUAUCUAUUCUAUUUCUUUACGCACUAUAGAUUUCUUCUUCUUCUUCUUCCUCUUCUUCUUGCUUUAUGUUUCGUUUUUCUUCUUCUUCUUCUUCAAAAGUCGACAUCCUCAGAAGUGUCAAUUCUUUUGUCAUUUGCUUCUUUUCUUGUUGUCUUCUCGCCCACAUAA